AUGACACCAAGUACAACAAAAAGAGUUCAGCAAAGAAGAAGUACAUCAUGUAAACUAUGUCGAACAAUCAAAAGAAAAUGUGACGGGAAUACACCGUGUUCAAAUUGUAUUAGACGAGAACAAGAAUGUGUUUAUCCAGAGGUGGACAAAAGAAAGAAACGUUAUUCAAUAGAAUAUAUCACUAAUUUAGAGAAUUUAAACCAACAACUACAGCAACAAAUACAGAGUAUAAUAAAUUUGAAAGAUAAUCCUGGUCAGUUAAACUUGAAAUUAUCGGAACUAGUAGAAUCCUCAGGCCAUUUUUCGGAUAAUACUGAGACUAGACUGGAUUCAUCUUAUGGUUCACCAGUACUAUCUAAAUCUGAUGCCCCAGGUAAUGGGUAUAAUUUAGUGGGAGAAGUAGGUACUUCCAGGGUGCAUGGAUCAAACUUUCAUCUUCACCAAAACCAUUACCAAAACCACCAAGACCACCCCCACCAACAACAAAGUGCUAGUGAAUCAAGUACAAAGUCUUUGCCAGACUCCCCCUAUUCUGUUAGUUCUACUUCUCCCCAGAUAUUAAGAUUCCCUUCACAACAGUUUCAACAACAGACGCGACAGAAUCUUUUCCGACAAACGGGGUUGCAACUGCACUGCCCUGUUUCUGCUAGUACUUCUAGCCCAAAUACUCCUAGUGGCAAUGGGAGUGUAUCAAAUGAUAGGACACCUCCACCACUGUUACCAGUUCUACCAACAACAGGAUCUGCAUUACCCACACUAUUGCCACAACCAAGACCUGAUUUUGAUUUUACUCCCAAAUUCUUCCGUGGACCCAGUGGGAAAUCCAAUAUGGCGUUUGGUGCAUCUACUGUUUAUGAUGCUGAUGAAUCCAUGGUAAUGAAUGUGAAUCAAAUCCAAGAAAGAUGGGGGAACACUAUUAAAUUGGCCAAAUUGAAAAAUGUUCCUGAAGCUGAUGAUAAAUCACAAUCACCUCAAGUAAUCAAAAAGGGUCGAGCUGAAACCAUUGAAAUGAUUACUAAUGAACGAGCUAAGAAAUAUUUCGAUUUAGCUUUCAAAUAUUUUGAUAGACCAAUUUUGUGUUAUUUGAUUGAUCGACCUAAAACGACAAAAUUAUAUGAAGAAAUAUGUACCAACAAGAACGAUUUAUCGAAAAUUGAGGAUAUUUUAGGAAUGUUCCCAACCAAUCAAUUUAUUUCAAUUGAACUAAUUGCAGCAUUAAUUGCUUCUGGUGCAUUAUAUGAUGAUAAUUUAGAUUGUGUUAGAGAGUAUUUGACAUUACUGAAAACUGAAAUGUUUAUUGAUAGUUCCGGAUGUCUAACUUUUAACGAGAGUUCUUAUCCAAAGUUACAAGCGAUGUUAGUAAGUGCACUUUUAGAGUUAGGAUUAGGUGAAUUAACAACAGCAUGGGAAUUGUCAGGAUUUGCCCUUCGAAUGGGAUUAGAUUUAGGGUUUGACAAUUUUGUUAAAGAUGGACCCGAUAAAGAUGUUAAUGAUUUGAAGAAUUUGGUAUUCUGGGGAAGUUAUAUAAUUGAUAAAUACGCCGGAUUGAUAUUUGGUCGUAUUACUAUGUUGUAUGUUCCUCCAGGGACCCCCAUGAUGUUUGCCAAAACUGAAGAUGAUAAAUUGCCGCAUUUAGCCCAAUUAAUUAUAGAAUCACAACCAAUGAUAAGUUGCAUAUAUGAAACUUUACCAUAUAAAGAUGCUGAACAUUCGAAAAGAAAUUUCUUACAUAGAUAUGAUCUAUUACAAGGAUACAAUCAAAGAUUAGAGGAAUGGAAAAAUAGUUUACCAGAAAAAUUUUAUUGGAAUAAAGAAAUUUUAAUAAAUACUGUAUCUGAUGAAUCAGUUGAUCAUCUGUUGAAGAUUGCUUAUUAUUUGAUUUUUUUAAUUAUGAAUAAACCAUUUUUGAAAUUACCUAUUGGGUCCGAUCUUAAUGCUUUUAGUGGAAUUGUUGAUGAAAUAGAAAUCAUAAUGAAAUAUAUCCCUGAUGAUAAAUAUUUAUUGAAUUUGGUGAUGUAUUAUGUUUUGGUAUUAUUGAUCCAAUCACUACUGGCUCAAGUUUCAUACACUAAUAUCAAUAAUUACAAUCAAAACUUGAAAUUUUUACAUCAGUUAUUAUUUUUCGUUGAAAGAAUGAGUAAGACUUUAAGAGUUGACGUAUGGUUGAUUUGUAAGAAGGUUCAUAGUAAUUUUCAAAACAGAUCUAAAGAAUUGGAAGAAUUGAUGAGACAGUUUGGCGAGAAAUUGGAACCCAAAUAUGAACACCCUUCAAUAAUUCAACACGAACAACUGUAUGUACAACAACAACAACGAGAGCCACAACACCACCACCACCACCACCACCCACAACAACAACAACAAUUUAAGCAUGACGAAGACACUUCUAGGGAACAUCUUUCGCAGUAUUCAGAUUCACAAACCAAUGGCAAGAUCAAUCCUUGUGAUAACAUGUUACAAAAUGACCAGUUUAUUAAAAUGGUGGAUACAUUGUUUGAAUCAGAUAUGGGUAAUGGUCAACAACAGGACCAACAGCAUCAAGAACACGAUUUUGAAGAGCAAAAUUAUCAACAACAAGAACCACAACAAAUACCUAGUCAACCAGAAUUACUAGAUCCAACUUUGUUUAAUUCUAUGUUAAAUGAAAAUGGUUCUACUUUUAACAGCAUAUUCAGUUUUGAUUCAGAAGGGUUUGGUUUAUGA